AUUUGGCAACUCUAACAACUAAUAAAUUUUUUUACUCGGAAAAAACACAGUCACUGUUUUCGGGCUUAAUCGAAAAUGUGCGCGCCAAGCAAGUAACAUAUAAGUAAAUAACUCAUCCGUUCAACAAGCUCCAUUACGAACAGAACUCGCACAACAAAAUCACUUUUGCAAAAAAAAAAAAAUUGUGCCCGCCACCGCCGUCGUCGUCGUCGCCGCUCUCUCACAAAACGUACCAAAAAAAAAUAGAAGAAAAUUUACAAACUAAUCGGAAAAAUACUCGCUGGUCGCUGCUGCACUCUGCAUUCAAAAAUUCGAUCGAUACCAGUGCUUACUGUGGCCAAAUUAUUAUUUAGCGUGUGUGACUCUAUUCUAUAUAUUUUUUUUGUUUUUUCGUUUCGUUAUCGACACAAGUGGAGAAGUGAAGAAGGAAAGCAAUAAAAAAAAGUUUUGAGAGAGUUGAAGCAGCACUUUUGAGGUGCAUAAAGUCGCAUGCUCGUCAUCAUUGCCGGGUGUGAGACGCGAAGAGAGAGGAGCGCAAAAAAUUAGCAAGGCACAUUUAAAAAAAUAUAUAUGUACAUACAUGUGUACGUUGAUUUGAAUAAAGAUCGCCAGUAUUAAUGAAUUUGUUGUUGUUGUGCAAGCCAAGGAAACAUUGAAAUACAUUUUCUAAGUAUAAAAAUAAACCAAACAAAUCGUCGCUACGGCUAGCAACAAGAGCGGAGGCAGAGAGAGAGAAUCACGCACACACGCAAAGGCAAAGCACUUGAGCAUCCGCCCAAAGCCCCCGCCUCACACACAUAUGUAAACACUCAUACAAAUAUACAGCAUCAGUUCUUCUUUGGGCGUCAUCGAUAUAUUCACGUUUUGUUUACGCGAGGAGCGAACGACACACCCUGUGCUUAAGAAAACAAGAAGAGCGAGUAACGAAAAAAAGGAGAGCCAAGCGCUCUACCCAUUCUCCCCCCGCGUGUGCGUAAGCUUAGUGCCUGCUUGUCUGGCGCCUUAUCGUCGUCGACAACAACAACAACAAGAGUAACAACCACAACAAAACGCCAGCGAUUUUAUUGACCGGGGACCGCUCCUGCGAAAAAAAUAGAAAAAACAGAAGACAAGCGACAACACGCCAUUGCCAUUGCCAUUGCCAGUUCCUCUUCCUUGUUACAUAUAUUUGACAGCAGCAAGCAAAACCAUUAGCCUUUUUUAUGUGACCAACAGCAUGAAAUGAGUGCCUCAUCAGUGUCCGUGACGGUUUCGAAUCCAAGCGAAUUAACAACGGCAACAGCCAAGGGCAACAGUUGAAGUCGACGUCGAAGUCGAAUUCGAAAUCGAACUUGUGGGUGUUGUAUGCAACGAAAAGAAGAUAUAGAAAACAAAAGAUAUAUACAAACAAAAGAUAUAUAUAUUUAACGAAACGAAGCGAGAAAGAGUGAGAGCGAGAAGAGCCACAAAGAUACAACAGUAUAACAUAUAACAUAUAGCAUAACCUAGAGAUACAAUCUAUAAGAAAAAAGAAAGAAAGAAGAUUACGAUUAAGAUACGAACGAAAUUCCCUUUUUGCGAAAGAGUCAAAAAGAAGAGCUGGCACAAAGAAAUCAAAAUAAAACAAAGUAAAACUCCUUUCUCUCAGCUGAGGCACAAAGAUACGAAGUUACGAACAAAGCACACACACACACAACGGAGCCACGCCCACAUUUUUGAAGCCUACGCCUGGAACACAAACUAAAUAAAAUAAAAAUAGAAGUUAAUACAUAAAAUUUAGGAUUUAAAAGGCACCCAGUGAAAGUUGCAAACGACGUUUAAAUAUUAGUACACAACACACACAUACACACACACACGCACACACACACAUUUAUACAUAUAGCUAGUUAUAUAGAAAGAGGAAGAGAGACAGUGGGCACUCGAUAUGAUGAACUCGACCACUAAACAUCUGCUGCACUGCACGCUCCUCAUCACUGUGAUAGUUAUCUGCGAAGUAUUCUCCGGCGGUAUUAAGAUCGAUGAGAACUCCUUUACGAUUGUCGAUCCAUGGACUGAGUAUGGCCAGGUGGCCACCGUAUUGCUGUACUUACUGCGAUUCCUCACGCUCCUCACCCUGCCCCAGGUGCUCUUCAAUUUCUGCGGCCUCGUCUUCUACAAUGCCUUCCCCGAGAAGGUUGUGCUCAAGGGCAGCCCACUGUUAGCGCCCUUCAUCUGCAUCCGUGUGGUCACACGGGGCGAUUUCCCCGAUCUCGUCAAGAUGAAUGUGCUGCGCAACAUCAACACGUGCCUCGACACCGGCCUCGAGAACUUUCUCAUCGAGGUGGUCACCGACAAGGCGGUGCAUUUGGCCCAGCAUCGACGCAUACGUGAGAUCGUUGUGCCCAAGGAGUACAAGACACGGACCGGCGCCUUGUUCAAGUCCCGUGCACUUCAGUAUUGUCUCGAGGAUACGGUGAAUGUGCUGAACGAUAGCGAUUGGAUUGUGCAUUUGGAUGAGGAGACGCUCCUCACCGAGAAUUCGGUGCGUGGCAUCAUCAAUUUUGUGCUCGAUGGCAAGCAUCCGUUUGGCCAGGGUCUCAUCACCUAUGCCAACGAGAAUGUGGUCAACUGGCUGACCACCUUGGCCGACAGUUUUCGUGUGUCCGAUGACAUGGGCAAACUCCGGCUGCAGUUCAAAUUGUUCCACAAGCCACUCUUCAGCUGGAAAGGCAGCUAUGUGGUCACUCAGGUUGGCGCCGAACGUUCGGUCUCCUUUGACAAUGGCAUCGAUGGCUCCGUGGCCGAGGAUUGCUUCUUUGCGAUGCGCGCCUUCAGUCAGGGCUACACGUUCAAUUUCAUCGAGGGCGAGAUGUACGAGAAGUCACCGUUCACCCUGCUCGAUCUGUUGCAGCAACGCAAGCGUUGGCUUCAGGGCAUCCUUCUCGUUGUCCACUCAAAGAUGAUACCGUUCAAGCACAAGCUGCUGCUGGGCAUUAGUGUUUACUCGUGGGUGACCAUGCCGCUCUCGACAUCGAACAUCAUCUUUGCCGGCCUCUAUCCGAUACCGUGUCCCAAUCUCGUUGAUUUCGUCUGCGCCUUCAUUGCGGCCAUCAACAUCUAUAUGUAUGUGUUCGGUGUGAUCAAAUCCUUUUCGCUGUAUCGCUUUGGACUGCUCAAGUUUCUGGCGUGUGUCCUGGGCGCUGUGUGCACGAUACCCGUCAAUGUUGUUAUCGAGAAUGUGGCUGUCAUUUGGGGACUUGUUGGCAAGAAGCACAAGUUCUAUGUGGUGCAGAAGGAUGUGCGUGUCCUCGAGACGGUCUAAGUGCGCAAACAACAAUUGAUUUGACAGUAAUUAACUGUAAUUAACACACACACACACGUACACACAAAACAAUUAAUCAAAAUGCAAACCAAAUGAAACAAAACAACAAAAUGUAAUCGCACAAUCUGAUGCAGCAGCAGCAACUUUAUACAUCCAACAUCAACAUCGACAUCGUCAUCAACAUCAACAGCAGCAGCAGCAGCAUCUGAUCUUCGUUACUUUGUAAGCUUAAGUUGCACACCAACACACACGCACACACACAAACACACGGCAUCUAAGUUCGUUUUGAAUAAUCUUUUGGCUCCAGCAACACAAACAAAAUAAUCAAAUGGAACGCAAUUGCCAAAAUCGCUAGAACAAACAGAUUCUACACAUAGAAAUAUAUAUGUAUACGCUUUGUAUAUGCACACACACUAGCACACACCCACACACACACACAGCGUGAGAAAGCAACAACAACAACAACAAGAAGAAGAAGAAAUCGUUCUAAUCUUUAGACCUCUCCAUUAAGUGUAAUUUUUUUUUUUUGAUAGUCAUUAGUAGAAGAAGCUGAGAAAUAAUAAAGGAAAACUACGAAAAGAAGAUGAAGAAAAAGCGAUGCAGCGGAGCAGCAGUAAAUUUAAAGAAGAAGAAGAAGAAGAGUUAAAAGAAACGCUAUAUAUUUAUAUAUUGUAUGUACUAUAUUAUGUAGAAUUAUUAUUAUUAUCAUUAUCUUUAUUAUUAUUAUUAUUAUUUAAAAACAACAAAACAAAGCUACAUGUAAUCUGUGUACAUUAAUGUAUUGUAAAUUUGCUAAAACAAAAAAGAGAAAAACAACAACAAAUGUUAAAUAUCAUUCACACCAAAAUACCAAUCCACUCACAACAAGAACAUUGAGAAACAAUCUUAGACUUUUGUGUACUUACAUAUUAUAUGUAUGUUUUAUGUAUGGCCUAAUUAUGUAUAUGUAUGUAUAGCUGUAAGCAACCAACACACACACACUCACACACACACACACACCGCCAUAAUAGUAGCAACAAAAAACUAAAAAAAAAAAAACGUAAAGCGUAAAAAAACAAACAACCAAAAACUAGCAACAAUUGCUUUUCAUUUGUUAAACAUUUCGUAUUUAUUACACGCACAUUAACACACACACACGUACACACGCACACACACUAACCCUAAUGAAAACCGAUCAAAGUUGGCUUUAACUACACACAAACACACACGCACAUGGUGUGAAUGAUAUUUUGUAUAUCGUGUUUUAAGAUCUGUUCUGGUCGCGGCCCCGUCGAAUUUUUGCAUUCAUUUAUUAACUUAUGUACUUAUAUACAUAACUGUAUAUAUCUCUACCUUUUUUUUAUGUUACUGUUAUUGGUGCUUUUAAGAGACAAACACAGACACACGCUCACACCCAAACACACACAUACACAUUUGCAUAGACAACAGCCCAAAGCCGCCGCCAGAAGUGAGUCGUCAUCCUCCCCCCCACCCCCACCCCUUGAAAACAUCACCUCUCCCUCCCACACAUAGUUACACUUCUUACAUCCACACAACACAUACAAUAACAAAAACAAAACAAGAAAACUGUUUGCAAAUAGAAAAAAAAGAACCAAAUACAAAACGAUAAUAAAAUGAAAAAUUAAAAAAACAAAA